GCCACAUUUAAACCCUAUCGUCUGGAAAGUGUUCAUUGUCAAAGUUUUGUGUUAUUCAUCACCGUUUUGUACUUAUUUGCGUUGAAAAAUAGAUGUUCUUUGUUGCAAUUCAUUAGAAGCAUUAGGUUUGGAAUCGAUCUGAAAAAUCUUCAGUGUCUUCUGUAAAAUCCUAAUUCGUGGUGCUUGGAAAUAGUUAAAGUUAAGUGGUCAGAAGUUCAGUUCACAGGAAGCUGGUAAAAAUUUUUCAAUGUCAAUAUGCGUCCAGCAAUUGUAAGGAGGUCAUCGGAUUCGACUGCUGAAGGAAUUGAUGAUACAGACAGUCCGGAUAGCUUUGAGCAGGGCAGUUUGACUAUAAAUCGGAAUCAGAGUGAAGAUGCUGAGGGUAGGACUGAAGGAGUGUGGAGGCGGGAAAAUCGCAAACAAAUUCCCACGGAAGGGAGUGUGGUGCUAAGAUUUGAAAUUCCAUCAGCUAGGAUCCUGCCGACUGAGAAGGAGGCCUCAAACAGCAAGAAAUACGUCAAUUAUGAACUAUGUGUGACUCAGGUUGGUCCUGGAGCUCCUGAUCCACAUCCAGCCACCAUUGAGAGGCGCUAUACGAAUUUCCUCAUGCUCUACAAUGGCCUGAGGAAGGAUCAUCCGAAUCUGAUGCAGAGUGUCUAUUUUCCCAAAAAAGCCAUUAUGGGAAACUUUUCGCCGGAUCUCAUUGCCCAAAGGGGGGCAGCAUUUGAAGUUUUUCUCGAUUAUGUGGUAUCUUCGUGGGAAUUGAAGGAAUCUCAGCAUUUUCUGAAUUUUUUGCAGGGAAGAGAAUUGGAGAGGGCAUGCAGGUUACUCGAUGAGCGUCGGAAUGAACAAGCUGUUCCCAUUUUGCAGAAUAGCUUUCGUUUGCUGAACAAAAUCUUUCUAGAUCACUCAAAGCCUGUUCUCUUGCUACUCUGCCGCCUUGUGGCUGCCUGCACGACAUCCCCAUUGCCUCAUCCAAUGGCUGAACAGUGGGCAGAAGUAGCUCUCAGGAGAUAUGAGAGUGUCUGUGAUGCUGACUUACUGUCGCUCUAUGUGCCUCUCCUGCAGACCUGUACUCAUCUUUGGUGGCAGAGAGGCCGGGAUAACAAGGCCCUGGAGGAGCGUUUGAAGGAUAUCCAGGGGAAGGGUAUCAAAAUCACAGGAACUCCAACUCUCACUCAAGCCAUUCACACUUUAGAUCCACGUGCUGAAACCACAUAAAAAUGCCCAGAAACAAAUCCCCUCUGCAACAUCCUCAUUUUACCGAACUUCCCGAUCCUGGGAAGGAACCUGUGGAACCUGUAUUGCAACGGUUGUCCUGCCAUAGACCAAAGGCAGUCUUUAUUUUAUUCCCUGACUUGUUGUGCUAAGUGUUCAACGGCAAAUUUCGAAGUGGAAGGAGCGUCAAUUCAAGGACAAUUGCAUCUUAAGUGUUGUUCUCAAAAUAUUUUUAUACACACCUUUUUGACCAUCACAGUAAUUUUUAAUUUUAAAUAAAAGUAUUAGAGAAAAAUAA